AUGAUGGCGCUUUUUCGCCGCCUCCGCUCGAGCCGCUUGCGAAGCACUCGUAGCUCCUCGGCCGAGUUCAUACGGCAUUGUGAUGGCGUCGAUGCGUACCUCUUUGUCAACGUCCUCACUGUGGAGCAGGCUCGGGCGCUGCUGCGCGGCGGCGCCGACAUUGACUGGCCAGCCUCGACGUACGCCGAGACCUCCGCCGCCGCCCAUGCUCGUGGCGAGACCUCGGCCGUCUUGCGCGCGAUAUCGCUAUGCUCUUUGAGCGGGGUGGGUUGGGCGGCCGAGACCGCACUCCAAAGUGUGGAGGUCGCCCUCGUGGCUGCGGUCGGAUCGACCGUCACGAUCCUCGAUCUCGUCUCGCGGCCGUCUCUGAACGGCAAGGUGGCUGUCGUCGUCUCCGCCGACGUUUCGACGGGCCGAGUCGGCGUGCGCGUGGCGGGCCCGGUAUGCGCUGUUGGGCUCUCUGCCCACUUGCCGGACUCUCUCAUUGCACAUCCCAUGCCUUCUUUCUUCCUCAGGCCGGCCAACCUGGAGCCGGCGGCCGAGGCGGUGGAGGUGGCCAGGCUGGUCCUCGAGGCGGCGGUGUGGUCGCCGCAGUCGCACGAGCUCUUCCCAAAAGCGGCUCGCGAGUGGGCGGCGGAGGUCAUGCGCUUGGGCUGCCUGAUCGCGUGGGACGAGGAGCGCUUCAGCGAGGGUGCGGCUCCGGGGCUGGUGGACCUCUGGCGUAGCUUCGUGCUUCCCAAGGCGGUCGGGCGCGCGGAUUACUAG